AUCAGCCAGUCACCUCCUGUAUGUGUAUGUGUGUGUGAGCGAGAGAGAGUGAGUGAGGGAGGGAGUGUGUAUGUGUGGCUGACCUCGCACUGAAUGGACUGGGAUUCUCAGCCACGUAAGUAGUUAGUACACCGCGGGAGAUGAUGCCUUGCUGAAAUAAGGGAUAGGCCUGGGAAAGUCGGCCAUCCCUUUUUCUUCUCCAGCAUCACAAGCAAUCGUCGCCAGAUCCCGACCAUUCCGCAAGAGAAGAGGACAUCGACUCCCGACCACACACACGCACGCACGCACGCACGCACCAUUAGACAUAAAGAGUUUUUUGCGCUGCUCGGGUCGGUUCGUUUAGCGCGUGCAGCAGAUGGCGUGCAGAGCUGCGUGGAAAUGAGCAGUGCACGACGGAGGCCGCUGAAUGGAAACGGAGCCCUUUCUCAGGAAAGCCGACACCACUGACCGGUUAGCACGUUAGCCGAGGCAUUUCUACUAGCCAGCAGCACUCGGGGCAUUUAAACACUGCUCUCUUGAAUUUGGGGGAGGAGGGGGGGGGACUUCAGAAACACCGUUUUCCUCCAUCUUUGCACUGUGCAGCUAAAUCAGAAAAUUCAUCCACAAGUCUGUAUCCGAGCUCAGGCGUACAAGUCAUAGCAGAAAACAGGUUUUUCCACAGACUAGGCAUUCUUGUCCAGAUCCCCCCCUCUCCAAGUCUCGCACCUUGCUUUAGGAUAAACCUCCAUCUAACACUCAUGAACAUACAGCGCUCCAAUCCCAUCAACAUCGCACGGUAUGGGAGAGCGAGGCACAAAGUGCAUGAAUUGGAGGAGCUGUCUUGUCUACAACAGAGGACUCCGGAGCCGAAUCAGAGCUUUAGUCCUAAUCUAGGCUCCCCGAGUCCUCCAGAGAGCCCGGACUCCACACACCGAGUGUCCUGUAUCGGGAAUUACCUCUUACUGGAGCCGCUGGAGGGAGACCGCGUGUUCCGGGCCGUGCACUUACACAGCGGGGAAGAGCUCGUGUGCAAGGUGUUCGAUAUCAGCCGAUAUCAAGAAUCAUUAGCUGCCUACUUUGUACUGGGUGCUCAUCAGAACAUCAACCAAAUAGUAGAGAUCCUCCUUGGAGACACGCGGGCGUACGUGUUCUUCGAGAGGAGCCAUGGAGACAUGCACUCGUUUGUCCGCACUUGCAAGAAGUUGCGGGAGGAAGAGGCUGCCAGACUCUUCUAUCAGAUAGUGUCCGCCGUGGCACACUGCCACGACAACGGCCUGGUUCUCAGAGACCUCAAGCUGAGGAAGUUCGUCUUUAAUAAUGAGGAAAGGAGCCUUGUUAAGUUGGAGAGUUUAGAAGAUACAUACCUCCUGAAGGGAAGCGAUGACACUCUCUCAGACAAACAUGGCUGCCCUGCUUACGUAAGCCCGGAGAUCCUCAAUGCCAGUGGCAGCUACUCUGGCAAAGCGGCAGACGUGUGGAGUCUGGGCGUCAUGCUGUACACCAUCCUUGUUGGCCGCUACCCUUUCCAUGAUGUUGAACCUGGCUCACUCUUCAGCAAGAUCCGACGUGGCCACUUCAGCAUCCCUGAGACGCUGACGCCCAAGGCACGCUGCUUGAUCCGCAGCAUCUUGCGGCGGGAGCCAGCCGAAAGGCUGACAUCACGAGAAAUUCUGGAGCAUCCCUGGUUCCUGGCAGCCACUGUCCAGGCUGGCAUCGCCUAUGCCAGAGGAGAACGUGAAGCAGACCAGAUGGUGCCCGAGGCCAACAUGGAGGAAGAUUUGGAGCAGUUCCUCAGCUGAGCAGCACAAAAAAAAAAGAAGAGAAAAAAAAAAAAAAAGACAUUUUGCCACGUGUUUUAGAUGACAGAAUGCACUCAUGAAACAGCGUUUAUCCUUAUCUCCCAUUCCAUGGAGAAAACCUGGGAAGGUCUGGCUUGAUGGUGUGGAACACCUUCAGCAAGAGCUUCUGGGCAAAUGUUAAUGUUCAGUAAUGUAGCAAGACUUAUAACUAUCUUUAGGUUGAGUUUUCUUUUUUUAUUUUCAGUGGUGCUCAUGGGGUGUACAAGUCAUAUUAAGCUACAGAAAACAUGACGGCACAGGAGACCUCAGCCAAGGAGAACAACACCAACAUCAAGCAAACUGCAACCACUCCUGUUCUGAUUUAUCACAGUAGACAACAUUGUCUCCACGUAUUGAACUUUAAAAGCAUUUUUUGGCUGCGUUUGCAUAUUUAUUCAUUAUGGUUUUUUUUUGUUUUGUUUUGUUUUGUUUUUUUAAGUAUAUUACUUACACCAUUCUGCUCUUUCAUAGCCUUAUAGGCCAAUACUAUAACAUGUAUGUGGCGGCUGUCAGUAGAAUUACAAUAUAAGUUUGCAAAUUCUCUUUUUAGGCUUGAUCCUCCUUCCAAAUGUGUAUUUGCGUUUCUCUCAUUUGUGUAAGACUGCAUUAACUCAGCUUUUUGUGUUGCAUUAAGCUAUUCUUUCUAAAUUGUUAUUGCUGCUUAUUUCUCCUCUAGCCUGAACUGAACCUCUUUGAGCCUUGAGACGUGAGGGGCGCUUGGCCCACCUAGGCCAAGCGAAUGGUCCAUUCCAUCUCUGUAAACUAGCAUCUAUUUAAUUUUAUUUUCAUUCUUCUGCUGAAAUGAAAGAGUUUUUAAUUUAAAGUAACAACUACUAUAUUUAAAUAUAUUUGCAGGAUUUUCUUUAUACCUUAGUUUCUGUUUCCACAAAUAUUGUAGGCAAUACUCUUGACACAGGACAGUUUUGAUGUUGGCAUUACAGACUGUCCCAAGGUUUAGAAUAAACCAUCUAACUUAAGUGCCAGUAUUUGUGCCCCACACCACCAAUGCCGAUUACAUCCCUUCUCUUUUUACUUAGGAUUUCGCUUUUAACACCUUGUUAAAUAAUGUUACUACGACUACACUGUCUCCAGUACCUCAUGUUAACUUUUCUACUGCCUGCCUAGGUUCUGUGAAAUGAUCAUCUUCUAAAUAGGUACAUGUGGACAUGUUUUGUGGUAUAUCAAUGUUACUUCAAAUUGUGAUCUCUAGUUAAUGGCAUGUACCCUUUUGAAUGCUAUAGCCUAGCAGGAGGGCUGGGGAAGUUGUUUUUCCCUUUUGUUUCGUAAAGUAAAUCCUUGCAAAUUCUAUUUUUUAACUGCUAGGAGUUUUAAGUUGCCUCUGUAAAAGCAUUAGGUUUAUAAGUAUAUUUUUUUUAAAUGAAAAAAAAUAUGCUUUCAGGUAGAAUGAAUUGGCCACAUUAGUUGGUGAUGAGUGAAGGACUUUUUGUUUUUUUUUUCUUUUGAAGGGGUGGGGGGCAUGCAUGGUGGGAUAUCUGCCUCAGAUGCUCUGAUUGUAAUGUAACUGAUUUUGGUGUUUUGUCCAAAUUUAUUCAGUAAAUAAAAUGUGACCUGCA